ACAUAAUAAAAAAAAAUAAAAAAAAAGUGACACACACGCCAUAAUGUAAAUUGCUUCUAGAUUUGGCGUUUGGAUUAAAAAUUUACAUUUUGAUGCUAAAAAUUCGUUUAUAUUAUAUAUAUAAGACAUUUAAAAUGUCCUUAUUAAAUAUUGGCUAAGUUAAGUUCAGGCAAUGGCUCAGUAUUAUCAAAUAGUUGGACAAGGGCAUUCAUUAACAUUAGAAGAUUUACAAAGAUAUUGUCCGAAUAUAUGUUUGGAUGGAAUUAUCGUAAAUCAAGAUGAACAACAAUAUGCUCACCAACAGGUAAAUGUUGUAGUCCAACAAGCAGAGCAACCAAAUGAUAUCAUAGUGAGUGAUGGAGUUCAACAACAGCUAGUUGUAGGAGAUGGCUUACAAUAUCAACAGCAGUACAUCAUCCGACAUGAGCCACCUCCAGCCCCGCCACCACGAGCUGACUUUCAGCAGCAGCAACAACAGCAGCAGCAGCAACAACAACAACAACAACAACAACAGCAACAACAACAACACCAACAAGCCUUACAUAGACACCAGGUUUACUACACAUCUGAUUUACCUGUGGAUGCUCAGGUUGUCUUGCAACAAGCUCAGCAGAUCAUUGAUGCAUCUUUGAUGCAACAGUCAUCUCCACAACGCCCACAACAUCAGUUGGUGAGUCCUGCUCAUGUGUUAUCACAGCCGACAGUGAUACACCCCGCGCAACAACCUCCGCCGCAGCCCCCGCCCCCGCCACAAUCUCAGCAUACCCAACAACAAACUGUUAGUAAUCAACAGUUGCAACAACAACAAUUACCUCGGGCGUCACCAACACAGCUGAUUCACUUGCAACAACAAAUGCAACAUCAAAUUCAACAGCAACAGCAACUUCAGCAUCAACAGCAGCAGCAGCAACAACAGCAGCAGCAACAACAACAGCAGCACAUGCAGCCACAGCCAAUACAACAUCAACAAGUUGUUAUGCACGCAGCAUACAUCAACCAGACUGGAACACCAACUCGACCAGCACCACCUAGACUUCUAAAUCAAACUCUAAGUAGUCCAGGGGGAGUGACGCUCGUGCGGACUCCAGUACGUACUGUUAGACCGCGACGACCUGCCGCUAGAUCUCCUAUGACUGGUUCUCCUAUACAAGGCCCUGCCAGACUUCUCAAUACUCAACAUCAACAGGCUCAAGUGAGCACACCGACGAUGGUCGCUAGCGGGCGUGGAGCGACAAGUGUUAUGGGAGUGAGCGUGGGAGCGAACGCUGGUACGCAUACUGUGGCUGUGGCGAGUGGUGGAAGCGUAACGGGUGUGGCAGGCGUGGUGGGGGUUGCGGGACGUGGCGCAAGACCCGUGCGACCUCCUCGGCCUGCCUCACCCCGUGUUCUCAACCCUCAUGCUGCACAUGCGCUACAUCGCCCUCCCAGACCCCGGACUCCGCUACAUCAGCCACAACAGAUCCAACAGCAGCAGCAACAACAACACCAACUAGCUCAACAUAUCAUUGGUCAACAAGUUCAUCAACAGCAACUUAAUCAGAUUAAACUUUCCCCUCAUCAGCAACAAUUACUUCUAAACCAGCCAAAUCAAUCUCAUCAAUCACCUGCUCGUAUCAUCACACAACAAGGCACAAUUGUUACACAAAAUAUUCAAGCUCAAUUGGCACAACAUACAGUUGUUCAGGCAAACCAAAAUAAUGGACCAAUACCCUCUCAAAACUCAUUAACUGCUAUAUCACAAAGAUCAUCACCUCACCCACAGCAAGUUCAACAGCAAGUGAAGAAAGUUGUUGUUCAACCAAACAAUGCAAAUCACAUGGAUGAUUUAGAAGAGAGCAUAACUGCUGCAAUAGUAUCUAAAAACCUUGUUAAUGAUAAUAUGAAUACCCCUCAACAGUUUCACACUCCACCGCCAACAAUGCGUCAGAAUCAUGCCAGUGGCUCUGUCACGCAACAACAUCAACAGAUAAAUUUUAGUCCUCAACAUGGCUUCCCACAGCAACAAGUUACCUAUGAACAGACUCUUUUGCAACAACAUCCACAGUCACUUGGCCAAUUGUUAAUGGAUGAAGCUAUAGACGAAGAAAGACAGUUAGUUACUUUGAGUAAUGGUCAAAGAAUCAGCCUUGCUGAUUACCGUAGAAUGCAACCUGUGCGUCCACAACAACACCAACAGUCAAGAGAAACAGGAAGACAAACAUUAGUUAGAAGUAAAGAACAACAAAGGCCAGUUCAGCGUGUACCACCCAUGCAAACCCAACAAACUCCUCAAAGUGAAAACCCUGAUACAUCUGGCGGGCCCUCAGAACAGACAUCGGAGCCACAGUCUGCUAAGAUGUUAAUAUUCCUUCAAAAUGGAGAGCAAAGACUAAUUACAUUUACACUGCCUAAAGAAAGUUGUACUCUUCAAGAAGUUCUUGAACAGGUUAAUGUACCAUUUUCGGAAGAUACUAACAUUCAGUGUAUGCAAAAUACGAGCAGUGAAAUAGACUAUUUCGUGUCAGUUGGUUCAACAACAAGAAUUGAAGAAAUGUUAGAGAAUCAUCCGAUGUUAGUUGGAGAUAUAAAUAGUAGAAGCUCUCCGAAUGUUUUACCUCAGCCUCAAAGUAGUGAGGUGUCAACACCUGAGAAAUCACAGUGUCCCGAUGCUGCAAGAAGUAAUAGCCCUGAAUCUCCAGAACAGCGCUCACCACCUCCCAAAUAUGUCGAUGGGAUGUUAGCGGUUUGCAAAUCAUGCGGUUAUACAGGUUACGAUUUCAGCCGUUGUCAAAGAUGUAAGCGAGUAUUUACUGAGGAACCUAAGAGCGUACCAAUAGCUAGCAAGAAGGUGGAACAAAAAAAGAAAGAACCUGAAAAACAAGUAGAAAAACCAAAUGCCUGUACGGAAGGAAUAAAAUUAAACCUUUUAAAAACUACUAUGAAAGCAAUCAAUAACAAAACAAUUGUACAAGACAAAAAACCAACGAGAGUAAGAAAACCUAGAGGAAAGCAGCCCGAUCCAGAACCUGUUAUAUUAACCCUAAGCUCUGAUGAGGAGGAUUCUAAUAGUUCUAUGUUAAGUAAUCAGCAUGAGCAAUCCAUAAAUACAAAAGAACCAUCGCUGAGCGAAAUUGAAGGCGGCACGCCAGAUAGUGGAAUUGGCAUUGAUCAUAUGGAUGAUGGCAGUAGAGAAGAAAUUAAUCAAAGUGCUCAGCAAGGUGUUGUUACAUCACUCACUUGUCGAACAAUACGAAUUGGUUCAUAUAGGUAUACACCAAAGGAAAAGGUAUACAUAUCAUCAAAAGGUGUUAAAAUUGUUGCACCCUCUUUAAAGAAUGAAUCCAAAGAUGUAGCACUUCAAAUACAAUUAAAAGAAGUUGUUAGAAUAUUAGUACAUUUUGGAAAAGGAUUACCAGUGAUUUUUUUAUAUACAAUGAGCAAAUGUGGAAUUUAUAUAAGAAAAGCAUUAGAUAUGACUGAAGACUCUGGUCCCUAUUAUAAUCCAAUGUCAAAAAUUGAUCCUUAUAAAAGGAUAACAUUAUUACCUGAAUCAAUAUCGGAAGAAGCUAAGGCAACAUUUAAAACAUUGUUUGGUAAACUGAUGGACGAACUGAAUGCUCGGGAGGCUAACGAUAUAUUAGUAAGGACAUGCCCCAAAGAGAGUAAUAAUGUCACAAAAAUGACUACUAGAUCACUAAGUGCUUCCAGCGCUUCUGGAGCGAAAAGUUCGAACCCAGCUGAGAUAAGACAAAUACUAAUUUAUCCACCAGGAAAAGGUGGUAUACCCAUAAAUACUGAGGAUUACAUGUGCUUGGCACAAGACCAGUUUCUAAAUGAUGUUAUAAUUGAUUUUUACCUAAAAUAUUUAGUUCAUGAUGUGUUAACUCACAGUCAGAGAGAAAGCACUCAUAUCUUUAGCACAUUUUUUUAUAAAAGACUAACAACAAAACCUAGUAAAGUAAACAAAAGUUCUAAUCCCCAUGAAUGGGAUAACAGUUUGACUCCUGCACAGAAGCGGCAUGCGCGUGUUAAGACGUGGACAAAGAAUGUCAAUAUUUUCGAUAAAGACUACAUUGUAGUUCCUAUUAAUGAAAAUUGCCACUGGUUUGUGGCAAUAAUUUGUUUUCCAAGUGUAGAUGGAUGUCGAAGUAUGAUUGACAAUCGUACCGUAAGCCCUCAGGAAAUUAAACGAAGAGAACGUAGAUCGUCUAUGCAAAUAGGGAACACAACUAUAACUCCACUUACAAAACAGGAGCAGCUUACAUUAAAUUGUGACUCUGAUAAUCUAAGUGAACGUGAUGAAGCUGAAGCAGAGGACAGUGAUUUAGAUAUGCAGUGUGAUUCAGACGAGGAAGAAGCAGAAAAAAGUAUAGUUGAAAAGAAACCUGAGAUUCAACCUGUUGGAAAAUCAGAACCCAUUAAACAGCCGUGUAUAUUAAUAUUUGAUUCUUUGGCUGGAGCAUCUAGGUCACGGGUGGUGGCCACAUUACGUGACUAUCUUACCUGUGAAUACCAAGCCAAAGUAUCUCAACACAAAGUCUUCAACAAAGAUAAUAUGAAAGGCAGUUGUCCAAAAAUUCCACAACAGAACAAUUUCACAGAUUGUGGUUUAUAUUUAUUGCAAUAUGUUGAGCAGUUUUUUAAGGAUCCCAUCAUAGAUUACUCGUUGCCUAUUAAACAGUUAGCAAACUGGUUUGAUGAGAUUGUUGUCACGCGGAAACGAGAGGAAAUUUCAAAUUUAUUGAAAUUAUUGAUGAAUAAAUAUAAUCCAGAUUCACAUUUGACUUUACCAGACAUAACAUUCCCUACAUUAAAUGGUAAAUUAAUAGAAACUGAGGAUCAACAAGAAGAUGGCUCAGAUGGUGAUAAAGGUAAUUCUAGUUCGAGCAAAUUACUUAAGUCAGAUAGCAAAGAAUCUGAAGGACCAACAACACUUACUUUUGUAAAGCAAAUGUCAUCGGGUGAUAUUCUGGUGAAAAGAAAUUUUUCUGAUUCUUCGGAAACUAUACAUUUAAGGAAAACAAUUAGGCUUUCAAGUGAUGCGGAAAAUAGAUCUAUGGUCCAAAUAAAACAGGAUUUUAUCAAGAAAGUUGAUAAUGAAAAUCAAAUACUAAUACCUAUAAAGCUUCAUACUACUAGUGAUGUUGUUAAAGACAUUCAAAAUACUUUAAUAGUUAAUAAGAAUAAUAAAACUUUGGGUGAUAAAAAACAUGGUGUACAUAAUCAAAAUGUAUCCAGUUUGAACUGUAUUCGACAGAAUGUAAGUGAAAGUGAUAAUAAUUCAUUCCUCAAAACGAGGAGAGUAAAUAAAUUUGAAGAUGUUAUGAAUGAAUCAAGUAAAAAGUUUAAAAGGAAUGAGUGUUGAACUGCCUGUCCAAGUAUGUACCAUGUCUAUUAAAUUAUUAUUAAUUAAAUGAAAGUGUAUAGUUAUUUCAUGGACUUGUAAAUAUUAGAUAUUUAAACAUGUGUAUUUACUAUACUAUUUUGUAAUGUAAAUUUAAUUUGUGAAUAGCUUGUUCUUUUGUUACUUUUUAGUUAAUUACAAGUUAUGAUAAGUCGCUAGACAAAGAAAUAAAAUAAACUUAUUAAA